UGAUUAUUUAUAUGAUUUGAUUCACUAACUCCCACUCUCGGAUGACAUGUGACUCUGGAUUCACUAUUUCUUGAUCAUCCUCUUUCUAUUUCUCUCUUUUCUCUCAACAACAAACCAAACCCUUCUUCUUUUCUGCAAAUUAGUUCCUCUUAAAACCUUCAAAUAUCAAACAUGGAACAACCCACAUUCCUUUACUGGCUCUGCAUUUUCCUCCUCAUCUUUUCUGGAUUUUCCUCAGCUUACGGUUCUCUCUUUUUCUACAUCUUUACCAUUGAUGCAAGUCUUUUGGAGGUUUAAUUCGUUUACAUUAAUUAUGAUUGUUGCAGAUGGCCCAUUAUAUGAUUCCACAGCCUACACUAAGUGUCGGGAGAAUCCAGAAGAGGCGCUCUACAAUGGAGGAAUCUUGAAGGGUCAGUCUGCAGAACUUGUACCAAUUGCCGGCUUCAAUGGAUCAACAACUUACUCCCCUGCUUUCAUUUUGCAAAAUCUCUCCUCAAACGCCAACUUUUACUCUUUCUCCAUCUGGAUCAAGAUUAAAGGGUCUGAUUCAGCCCUUGUGACCGCGCGACUUGUAACGGGAAACACCACCACCCGCACCUGCAUUGGAACUGUUAUUGCCAAACCAUCAUGUUGGUCUUUCCUCAAGGGUGGUUUUGUCUUCUCAUCCUCCUCAGAGACCAAUCUCUCCAUCAUAUAUUUCCAGAGUUCUGAUAAAAGAGUAAGCGCCAUAGAAAUGGCAAGUUCCUCGUUGCAGCCUUUCACUAAACAAGAAUGGACAAUAAACCAGAACUACAAAAUUAACACUGUAAGGAAGCGUGCCGUGACCAUUCAUGUAUCCGAUCAAAUGGGACAAGGCAUACAAGGAGCAGAGAUUACAGUUCGGCAAGUUGCCAAAGAUUUCCCAUUUGGAUCUGCCAUAUCCAAAACCAUUCUUGGCAAUUCCUACUACCAGAAAUGGUUCGUGGACCGUUUCAACGCAGCAGUUUUUGAGAACGAGCUCAAAUGGUACGCAACAGAACCGAAGCGUGGCCAACUCAACUACACCAUAGCCGAUCAAAUGCUGGAAUUCGUUCGUUCGAAUCAAAUCAUAGUCAGAGGGCAUAAUAUUUUCUGGGAAGAUCCAAAGUACACGCCGGAUUGGGUUCGUAACCUGACAGGGCAAGAACUUCAAGCAGCAGUAGAUUCCAGGAUUAAAAGCCUGAUGAGCAAGUACAAGGACCAGUUCAUACAUUGGGAUGUGAGCAAUGAAAUGCUGCACUUCAGAUUCUAUGAGGAAAGGUUAGGACCGAAUGCCACUCUUCAUUUCUUCGAUGUCGCUCACAGAUCAGACCCUUUGGCCACGUUGUUCAUGAAUGAAUUCAACGUGGUGGAGACUUGUGCCGACGAGGAUUCAAAUGUCGACGCGUAUGUGGAGAGCUUUAGGGAACUCGAACAAGGAGGAGUGUUUAUGGAUGGGAUCGGUCUAGAGGGUCAUUUCACAGUGCCAAAUCCUCCUCUAAUAAGAGCCAUAAUCGAUAAACUGGCAACUUUAGGUCUACCAAUUUGGCUUACAGAAGUCGACAUAAGCAGCACCUUAGACCAAACCACGCAGGCAUUGUACCUAAAAGAGGUAUUGAUGGAAGGUUUCUCACAUCCUGCUGUGGAUGGGAUAAUGCUGUGGACAGCCAUGAAUGGUCAGGGGAGGUGUUACCAAAUGUGUCUAACGGAUAGUAAAUUCAACAAUUUGGCGACAGGUGAUGCAGUGGAUGAGCUCUUGAAAGAAUGGGAAACGGCUAGUUUGCAUGGGCAGUACUCGGACGAACACGGUUCGUAUAGCUUCUUCGGUUUCCUUGGGGAGUAUCAAGUUGAGGUUAAGUACAAGAACAAAACAAGACUCUCCACUUUCUCGCUUGAUCGAGGAGAUGAGACCAGACAUUUCACCAUUCAACUGUGAGACACAACCAAGUACAAUAUCAUACGCCCUAAAAAUGUCACUAAUAAUAAUUAUAAAAUUUGGUAGAAUGAUUUGAAUUUUUACACUGAAAAAAGACGAAAUAGAUCUUUAACGACGGAAACAUAUCGUCACUAAAGAUUAAUAACAACGAAAUAUUUACCG